AUGUCAUCAGCCAAGCUAUAUCCUCCCAGCAAAGAUUCUACGGUAUCUAGUCCAUUACCGCAACUCUUACAGACACCUUCAGGCCUAGCUCUUCUGGAACUACAAGGAACUCUCAACUUACCUCAAAACUCCGGUGGUGAAGCUCUAGGUGGUGUCGAUGUCGGAAGACUCGACUUCCCGGACUACGUCCCUGGCGCGGAGGGUUCAGCAUGGAUGAAGCAGGUCCAUCUUUACGUUGGCCAACAUCAACGUCUGACUGGUGAAGUCAAGAAGCUGCCUAAAGCAAUGGCUGUGAUACGAAAAAGAGAAAACAAGAAAAUCAUCGGCUCCGGGGGAGAGUCAGAAGAGCAGGGCGAGAACUUUGAGGUGGUGGAGAUUGUCAAGUACAAGCUUUUGUUCUCCAAUCGACCUGAACCUGUUGGAACCGCCAAUGCACCAUGA